AUGGAUCUCUACCGUUUGCGAUGCAUCAACUGCCCCGGUACUUAUUGCUGGAACGAGGACAGCCGGGAAACGGAGACCCCAGGACCCCCUUGUCCUGGCUGUACGAAGAUAUUAAAUGCUAGAACAGCAGCAGGGGAUCGCGCAACUGCAAUAGGGAUACUCCGACCUGACGUACAGCUUUACGACGAGCAGGACCCAAGAGCUGAUUCAGUCUCAGCCAUCGCACGACAUGACCGGUCACUCCGCCCAAACGUCCUUCUUAUCAUGGGCACGAGCCUGAAAACACACGGGGUUAGAGACCUGGUAAAGGAUAUCGCCAGGGUGAUUCAUAACCGCCAGGCUGGGAAAGUGGUGUUAGUGAACCUCACGAAACCAGCCAAGAGCUGGGACGGCGUAAUCUAUUAUUGGGUUGAAUGGGAUUGCGAUGCCUGGGUAAGAGACCUGAUGGGCCGUCAGCCGGCUUUAGUGACAGACGAAUCAUCCGAGGAGCAGAGAUGA